AUGCUCGUCUUCGUUCUUCUGCUCGUCCUGCCUGCCCUGAUCAUUGCCGCUCCACCAGCCAAUCUGGAGGAAGACCUCUUCAAAGCUCUGGAUGAAGAUGGUGAUAAAAAGAUUAGUGAGGCAGAGGCUGUCGGCUACCUUUUGCGUUUUGACACCAACAAGGACGGCAAAAUCACCGCUCAAGAGUUUGCCACUAACGUCGAUACGAUUGACCCCGCCUUCGCCGGAAAAGAGCAAGCUCUCUUUGAUCUUCUGGACAAGGACGCAGACGGAAAGUUAGACGGCAAGGUGAACAAGAAGGACCUAGAGGCUGUCUUCAAACGCGUAGACACCGACAAUGAUGGCGAAAUUUCCAGAAACGAAUUUGCCAAAGCUUUUUCUGACGUCAUCACCAACAUUGGUUAA